CGACGGGGCGGCGCCAGGCAGACAAUGGGGAAGCGCGGCAGCCAAUGGGCUGGUCGGCGGGGCCGCCUCGAGUAUUUGCAUAGCGGCGCGCCGCGGCCAAUGGCCUUGCGAGCCGCCUGGGCGAGCGCCCUCUCGCUGGGCAGCGCGGAGAGAGCUCCACCCGGCCGGGCUUGGGGCGGCCGCGACGGCUGCCCGGGCGGCCGCUGGUGGCAGCAGCAGCAGCAGCGAGCGGAGAGAAUGGCUGCGGCUGCGUGCGGCUCGUCCGCGGACCGGGAGUCCCCGGAGCCUCCUCCUCCGCCGCCCGGGGAGCCCGCGCCGCCUCCGCCGGCGAGGAAGCGCGGCGGGGAUUCUCGCCGGCGGCAGGCCGCCCUCUUCUUCCUCAACAACAUCUCCCUGGACGGGCGGCCGCCGUGCCUGGCCCCGGGCAAGACGCCGCUGCAGUCUCCGCAGCAGCAGCAGCAGCAGCCGCCUCCGCCGCGCCCGCCGCCUUCGUCCUCCGCCGCGGCCCCCGGGGAGCGGCCCGACGACGAUGCUUUGCCCGCCUCGAGGCUCCUGCUCGCCACCCCGCCGGGGCUGCUGCUGCCCGCCGCCGCCGCUGCCGAGCUGGAUCCUUCCCGCGGGCUGGGCGCCGCCGCCGCCGCCCUCCUGCCCCAGCUCCUGCUGGGCAGCCCGCUCUGCCCCGUGGUGCCCGCCCCGGCCGUCGCAGCCGCAGGGGUCUUGGCGAAGCCGGGCGUCGCCUCCGCGGGGCUGCUGAGCCCCACCCAGAGCAUCGCCGCCGCUGCCGCCGGAGGAGGGUUCCCCUUGGAAGUGCAGAGGCAAAGAACCAAGCACGUAUCUGGAUCACCAAGACAUAAAGGCUUGAAGAAGAUCCACUUCAUCAAGAAUAUGAGGCAGUAUGACACAAGGAACAGCAGGAUAGUAUUAAUUUGUGCUAAACGAAGUUUGUGUGUGGCUUUUUCUAUCAUGCCCUAUGGGGAGAAUUUUCGGAUCAGUGAACUGAGAAUAGAGGGGCAGAAGCAGAGACAUCCUUCUGGUGGCGUUUCAGUCUCUACGGAGAUGGUGCUAGGAAUGGAAGGGGUCGAGCUAGGAGCUGAUGGCAAGGUUGUGUCUUACGCGAAGUUCUUGUAUCCGACAAACGCUCUCGUUGGCCGCAAAAAUGAUGUCCAUGGUCCUGUCCCUGUGUGCCGAGCCUCCGUUCUGCGGAGUACUGGUGGAUCAAGAUACAAAACUGCAACAGCCAAAACAAUACCUUCCACAGCAGAUAUUGGAAAUGAAGUUGGCGAGUUAGCAGAGUACAACCCCAAUCUCCUGGACGAUCCUCAGUGGCCCUGUGGGAAGCACAAACGUGUCCUCAUCUUUGCAUCGUACAUGACCACAGUAAUAGAAUACGUGAAACCAUCGGACCUUAAGAAGGAUAUGAACGAGACCUUUAAAGAGAAGUUUCCUCACAUCAAGCUGACGCUAAGCAAAAUCAGAAGUUUAAAGAGGGAGAUGCGGAACCUGAGUAUGGAAUGCAACCUGGAGCCAGUAACUGUGUCCAUGGCUUACGUUUACUUCGAAAAGCUUGUCCUGCAAGGCAAGCUCAACAAACAGAACCGAAAACUGUGUGCUGGUGCUUGUGUGCUGCUUGCAGCCAAGAUUAGUAGUGAUCUCAGGAAACACGAGGUCAAACACCUUAUAGAUAAGUUAGAAGAAAGAUUCAGAUUCAACAGAAGAGAUCUCAUUGGAUUUGAAUUUACCGUACUUGUGGCUUUGGAACUAGCCCUCUACCUUCCUGACAACCAAGUGUUACCUCACUUCCGACGUCUUACACAGCAAUCCUAGCCAAAGCUGCAUUCUAGCAGAAGUGCCAGUACUUAGACGCUGAUUUUUUGGUGUUGGCCUCUGGUCUUUUCCGGUGCCACAAUAUUGAACAAUGUUGUGCAUAUACCCAACAUGAAGACUGCAGUGGGAUUUUUGUGGAGCUACCAAGAUGGUGCAGACACCACAGAUUCCAUGUGUGAGAAGUGGCAGAAGUGAGACAUUGAACUUUGGACACUAAAGCACAAAUUGUUUGCCGCCAUUUGCCACAAAUGCUGCUGGUCAUAACCUAAUUUACCUUCCCACCCCCCACCCCGUUUUUUCCCCUUGGAUAUAAUCUGUUCUUCCCUUCAAAUACUGCUACUUUUUCAUUUCCUUAAACUUUUACCAUUCUCCCCCCACACCCCUUCCUUGAAUCUAAAAGAGCAUCAUUUCCAUUCCAAAACGUCAUAUGCUUCCAAUAGCAUUUCUGAGAAUUCUUGCAUUUUAAAACCAUGGAAACUUGUCUUCUUUUGCAGGGAGGGGAGGUGGGUGCGGGGCAGAAAGAAAGACGUGCCUAAGACUUAGCUGGGCUGGUACCAGUCAGUCUCUCUCUUGCUCUCUUUUUGUUGCUUAGUGGCAAAUUCUGAACUUAAACAGCAAUUUAUCCUUUUGCCUUUGUUCACCUUGUGCUAUAAGGAAAAGAAUUCCAUUGUACCUCUACUAUCAUUUCCAGAAGAGAUGUAUAUUUGAAAACAAUAUUCUACUAGGUUCAUGAUUUAAAAAACUUUUCUUUUUUAUUGAAACAUUUCCCAAACAUUGCACUUGUUGAUCAAGGCAGCUAUAGCAAAACAAUUUCCAUUUUAUCUUGUCCUUCAGAGUGUGACUGAAGGCCCGUUGAUUUUUAUGGUGGUAAUUUGGUCUUGUAGCUCCCAAAGGUGGCAUCUUUUUUGUCACAGCUUUGCUGUAGGCUAGAAUGAUGAACUGUUUUAUUUAUAAACAAUGUAUUCCAUGUAUUGUCUUUCCUGUGUGCUCUUGACGAGUGUGUGUGUCUCAGCUUGUGCAGCUGUCAUUUUCUAAAUUAAGCCGGUGAGACUAAAUAGGUAUGUCUGACUUCGAUAAUCUUUUGUAAAAAAACAAACAAACAGAAAAAUUGGUUCUUCCAAGCUUCUUGCCACUGUGAUGGUUCUCAUGAACCUGACUUUUCAUUGCACAUUCAGCCAGCCAAACUCAUUGAGGUUAAUAUCCAACACAGUGGCAUUGAUAAAAAUGAUACAACUUCUACCACUGUUAGCCAGGUGUUUUUGGCUUAACCAUCCAGAUGUUGAGGAUGGUUAACUUCUUGGGCUGUGACAGAAAAGUUGACGGCUGCUGAAUUUCUUUUCUAAGCAAUAUUGUGAUACAAGUCAGUGUGUGUGUGUGUGUGUGUGUGAUACUUGCCAGGGAACAAAAUUAAUAUUCUUGGGUGUUGUGAUUUGAUAUGUUCAUAGAUUUAUUUAUUUUUAACUGUGACUUUGGCCAGUUCUAGACAUCAUGCAGAAUGAAAUAGUAGACAAAGGUGGAAGAAUUGUGGACUGUACCAGUGCAGACACAGAAUCACGUUUUCAAGCACACAGUACACCCCAAUGUGUAGUAAACCAGCACACUGGUGAAAAGCCAUGUACAGUAUAAAGCGUUCUUCCUGAUGUGCUCUUUUAUUAAAUACAGGGAGUUUCUCACACAAGAGAUCAUUCAAAGAUUAAUAGCUACCACCACAGCUGCAGUCUGAAGUGGUGUAGUCCACAAUUUUUAAUAUCUCUGCCUGUAGAUUGUCUCUCAAAAAUGGUUAAGUCAAGAGGGCUACAUGACUUCCAGUACCCAGAAUGCCAUAAAUUCUAACUUGGGUAUAUGUAUUGAGUAGCCACAAAAUAAACCAGAGAAGGGGAGAUAGAAUAGCAAAGUUUGGUGCUAGAAACAUUUGAAAAAGGGUGUGCAGUGUUCAAUGCCAAACUCCAGAUAAGAUUAUUGUACAUGAAGAGACCUUCCUUGGCUUUUUGGUUCCUGUUUCUAGCACCUAUGCAUGAAUAUAAAACCAUUUGGAUAAGUAUUUUAGAUAAGGCCAGCUUGACGUCACUGAAAUUGCAGCAAACCUAGUUAAGAACGCUUCUCUGACCAAGGCUUGUGUGUUAAUACAUCUAGCUAUAAUAACACCACUCAUAGUUAUAGCAUCUUUUUGUAUAAUGUAGUACAAGGAGCUAUAUAGCUUACUAACUAGUGCUGUUCAAAAUGUGAGCUGUAGUAUGUUUAUUUCCCAGUAAACUUUGCCAAUGCAGGACAACAUCCUAACUGUUCCCAUGAUAAAGUUUAGAAAUGGCUUCACAGAGUGUUAAAACAUUUAAUCCUCUGCCUGAAACUGAAAGAAUUUGCUUUUUUAAAAACCUAUCAGUCUUGUAUCAUGAACACAAUUGACUUGUAUUAACACACUGUGUUUGAGUUGAAAUAGUUGCCAACUUAUCCCACCCCCCAUCUGAAGCAAUCAUUACCUUGUCCAACCAAAAAUAGGGGUGAUGAGGUGAGAAGUAGAUUGAUUCUUUUGGGAUAUAUUUGAGCUUCUGGAGGCUGUAAAUUUCCAAUAUGACGUAUGUGAAUUUUGGAUAAUGUAUUAUCAUAUAUUUAAUUUGCACAGAAUAUUAUUCAGGCUGUGGGGCAGAAAGAUAAAUUAUUUUACAUGUUUUAAGGCUUGAUCUUCACUCAGAGCAUGUUCAUUGUUCUGAAUACCCAAGGGAAAGUGCAUGGGUGUAUCAGUUCAGUUAGUGAACUGGAUUUAUAAUUCUUCAAAGUAGUGAGUUCUAGGAUGAAGACUGUAGCCUCCAAUCAAGAUCUGGACUCCUUUUUCCUCUCAUCUCUGCACAAAUGUACCUAAAGAUAACAGCUGGCCCAUGUGUUAAGCAAAGGAUUACCAGCACCCUUUUAUCAUAUAUAGGGUAUGUGCUUGUAUUAAGCCUUCAAAGAUGUCCAUGGUCCAGCAUCAUAUACAUAACUCAAGAGAAAUGUUGUUUCAAGGGACCUAAAGAUGAAGAACUGAGUAUCAAAUUGUCCAUUUUGAACUUUGCAAAUUGACUUGUAUGUUGAGAAUCUUAUUGCUGUGACUUAACCUGUAUAGAAACAGUUUGGCUCUUGAAUCCUGUUGUGUAUGUGAAUUGAGGGGUGGGGUGGAAGGGUGCUGUUCACAUUUUCUUACCUUAUCUUUUUUGGUUCAUAUUCUCAAUCAGCUAUGCCUCUUUGUGUUCCUUUUUCAUGCAAAAGCUGCCACUGUGUGGUAAAAAAUAUUAUUACAACCAAACAUAGAUCCACUGUAAAAUCCCAGGCUUUCGUUGGAGAGAGAUACUAGUCUCUUUAACAGUUGAGGUUUAAAUUAUGUAGUCUUAUGUAAAUAAUGGUGCUUGUCUACCUUCAGCCCAAGAAAACACUCUGGACUGAAGUUUGUAUAUUUAUGUAAAUAAUAUUUUUGUGCUGUCGUAAAUUUUAAGUUCCUGCUUUGUAUAUUGUCUGAUUAUGUUCUUCCAAGGAAAUGAAUGGAUUUGUUAAUAAGAUGCUGUGUAAUUGAAUGUUUUGAUACCCAUUUUAUAACCAAGCACACCUGAAGAUACUUCAGGUUAGUGUCAUAAAUAUUCCUUUAAAAAACA